AUGACCGAGAAGAAGACCACAGUCACUCCCAUUGGACCAUCACAGGUUCUAGUGUCUCGCAUUACCCAUCUCCAGAACUUGCUCCAGAAUCUUCCUGAACAACUGCCACUUAAUCUGCUUAAUUCAUCAUACAACUUCUUUCUCGAUGAAGAGAGCCUUGCCGAGCGUGGUCCCUUUGGCACUCUCUCACACAUCCUCAAAGUCUGCUUUAGAACAUAUGAAAACCCACAAAUCCGCUUUUCUGAGCAUGGCCAUUGUCUCAAUGACCUUAUCUCAACCAUAAAAGCUGCAGUCAAGACCAUGUCUGACUCCAACCAUGAAGCAUUCCAUCAUAAGCACAAGGAGUUGGAGGUGACAACACAGCCAGCUCCUCCAGCCCCUUCCACCUUCCAUCUGCCUGCGACCACAAUCAUUGAGAAACAGCAGAGCACGGUCAUUGAGAUUACUAGUGAUUCUGACUCAGAGUCUCAGCCAGUGCCAAAAUGUCCUCGGCAAUCAACCAGGAAUAACAAUGUCAUUAUCAUCAGUGGGACUUCUGCCUUGGCUUCAGAAAUUAAGCCUCCAUUGAAGCAGGGAUUGUUGAAUGAAGUAUGGAAGAAGCGAAGUGAGUAUACAAAGGAGGAACUUGCUCAGGCUUGA